UCCAGGUCCUGAGUUCUUCGAGGACUACGCUGAACCCGAGCCGGAACCUCUUCCUCACCCAGUGCCGACAAUACGACAAAUGGAAAAUCAGGAUGGACAGUCAGAGUUUCCGGACGCCUUUCACAGACGUCCAAAACCAAUCUCAGCCUCACGUAUAGCUUCUGGCAUGUACUUCCAAGCUAGAGGAAAGCCAAUUUUACCGCCCUUGAUGGCCAAACCCAAUUCUUCCCAGACCGGGGAAAACGUCCUCAAGCCUCGAUACAUAUCGACCACCAAUAUUCCAAUUGAGGCAUCAACCACCCAACCAAAGGCUGCUUCAAAGAAGCCCGUUAGCGAUCCGUCGAAGCCUAACACUUCAUCAAAACCGAUUUCCCCGAAGACUGCUGCUUCUAUGAAGGAGGCUGCUCUAGCGAAGGCUGCUACUCUCUCUAAGGCUGCUGCUCCAUUGACGUCUGGCACUGGCAUGCCUUCCAAGCCUCCUGUUCCCCUCAAUACAGACAAUAAAUCUAGCAGUUCCGCCCAUCAAGUCACCAGUACCUUGACCACUAAGAAGGAGCCAAGUCUUUUUUCUCCAUUUUCCUUCCCGAGCAAAAGGAAAACCUCAGGAGGCGACAAAUCCGUAUAUCAGGAGCCACAGCAGAGCGUUCAUCGCCCUACUCUACCCUCGACAUUUGAUUCACUGCUUUCCAACAAAUCCAGGCCCGAGAACAAACGUGACCCCAAGUCCGACCCAGCAUCAACUCGCUCUAUCCAGAAACGCAAAGUAGGCGACCUGUUUUCCGCCGCCGAUCUCAAGAUCAUCUGGAAGCAGUGCUUCGAGCAGCGUCAACCCCCCGACCAAUCUCGCCUCGGUCACUUCGCACUUCCUAUUCCCUCAGACUCACUUCAUCUCGUUUCUCCCGCGCAGCUGGAGCGAGCCAAGCGAUACUUCGUUCCUGACAUUGUCCGAUUUGAGGUAACGCCGCUACAGCUCGGAAAGAAGAACUCACGAUCAACUCAAGUCACUGCGAGACUGCCUCACUUAGAUCCUACUCAAAUCGUGGGCCACGAGACUAGUACUCCCGCCUAUCACAAGCUGCAGCUUCGACCUUCUACAUCCCAAACGGACGGUCUCGCCUGGCCUGUCUUAAGAGCCAUGCAAGUCGGCUGGGAGUUGACCGCGCGAUGGUACAAGGAAGUCAUUGUGGACGGGGGAUGGGUUAGUCUGGGUCGUCUUGACCGCGAGGACACCGUCAUGUCGGAUGCCAUGGACAUCGAUGGCGAGAACGAGAAUGACAAGGUCAUCACCUCUCGGAACAGCAAAAACCCUAUCGGUACAGGGCUCGGUGACUUUGUCGCUAAUGAGCUGAAGAAAAAUGUGGUGAAGACCAAGCUCAGCCGCGACGAACCUGAGGGGUCUUUGAAUGUUGACCGCGAGAUUGGACGCUGGCUUGAUCACGUUUGGAGGGAGCAGAAUUAAGCACUGGACAAAGAGGGACAUACGUCUAUCUGAGGCCUUGUCGCGGCUCUCAUUGGGGUCAUUGCUGCGAGGUGCAGUUCUUUCACAUAUCACCGGCCCAGUGAGUGGGUGCAUACUAAAUGCAACAUCGAUGGUACUGCGCUUCCAAGCAAUACCACUUACAACUUCCGAGUAAAUCUCUGUUGCUUUUUGUUGCUCUCAGCAGCUUCCGUUUGUUUAGUUUUACGAAGUGGUCAGUCAGUAUCACUCCCAUCCGUACCAGGUUCCGGACAAGGUUUGCAUUGUUGUUGGUUUCAGGUUCACUUUGCUACCUCUAUUAUACGGAGCAAGUGACCGACUAUGUUGGAGAUACCCCGUGUACAAAACAAGAGCAAACAGGUCGAGCGCUCGUUUCUUACAGACAAGGUUUCAGAGGGC